AUGAUUCGUGGAAUAGUCGGUAACGAUAAACCCGUUGUGGCCAGUUUCAGCAAGCCAGUGCGCAUUCAGGCGAACAAUUAUUAUUUGGCUAGCAUUAACUUAUUGGGUGCACAAACGCGAACGUUUGGAGGCAAAGAUGGAGUAAAAACAGCGACUGUAGCAUUACGAUACAAUGAGAGAGUGCGUUUCCAUUUCAAAAGCUACAAAGACUACUUUGGUUGCGAGAAUCCGUCUUUUUACGAGGGGCAGAUUCCUGAGAUUCAUUUCUUCUUAUGUCCAGAAUGA